AUGCUUUUGUUCCACGCCAUAAAAAGCCAGUGAAUUAGUGAUACAUACUUGAACCCCUGCAGGCACCCAAGAAAGCCAAGAAGAGGAUUGAAGGUGCUAAUUCCAACGUCUUCUCCAUGUUUGAGCAGGCCCAGAUCCAGGAAUUCAAAGAGGCAUUCACCAUCAUGGAUCAGAACCGGGAUGGCUUCAUCGACAAGGCAGAUCUGAGAGACACCUUCGCUGCACUCGGGCGCCUCAACGUGAAGAACGAGGAGAUUGAGGAGAUGAUAAAGGAGGCGCCCGGCCCCAUCAACUUCACCGUGUUCCUCACCAUGUCUGGGGAGAAACUCAAGGGAGCAGACCCGGAGGAGACGAUCCUGAAUGCAUUCAAGGGGUUCGAUCCAGAGGGAAAAGGGCUGAAAUCUGCCUACAUCAAAGAAACGCUGAUGACACAGGGCGAGAGGUUUUCCCAGGAAGAGGUCGAGCAGAUGUUCGCAGCCUUCCCUCCGGACAUGUCUGGCAACCUGGAUUACAAAAACCUCGUCCAUGUCAUUCCACACGGCGAAGAGAAGGACUAACUGGGCACUGCGAGAUCGCCUCUCUGGCUCCCACAUGUUCCGUGGGGAGCGUGUGAAUGGCAUCCACAUUAAACUGCCUUUUGGCAAGAAGAAAUUCA